CAGAGGCGGCUAGUUUAAGUUGCCAUAGCACAGGGGAGUUGAGAGUUGAACUUCUCCCUAUCACCUACAAAGCGACAAGCCAGCAGCUGCCAUGUAGCGUAAUUUUAGUGUUAGGUUUAAUUGGGAAUGUAUUUAUCCAUGUGUCGUCGGCCAGAAGCGGCGUAUUUGCAGUUUGUACGGGAUAGUCUCACAGCUAACGUUGUAUUAGCUAGCUAACAGUAGCGUGAUUUGCCACUUGUUGCUAGCCAGGGGGAGCAUCCUCAACAACAAUGACCUGGGAGGUCAUCGAUUAGGAGGCGACAGUUUCGUGUGUUGUGCCUUGUCCCUCACAUAACUUUCGGUUUUCCACCGGUUGUCAGGGUAACGAUGACAAAGCUGGGAAGCCCACAUGGUAUAACUAAAUUAUCUACUGAAAGGAAAACACAUAACCAGCUCGUUAAUCUGAUUAACGUUUCAGUUAGCGUUCAUAUUUUAAACAGGCGAAGCUAGCUGGCACUACUCGUCAGAUUUGCCCCAUCAGCCGUUUUCUUCAUAACAUUAGACCUGCCCUGUCCCAAACAAUGGAGUCAUCCAGCGGGUCGGAUACAUACGACAGGCCGAGGGGGCACAGGCAGCGGGGGCGAGAUGCUCACCGCAGACCUGGCCGGGACAGUCGCACAGCCAGCUGUAAUGGAAGUGUUGGUCAGACAGCAGGCAUCUCCGAGAAGAUCAGCACCCUGGCAAGCACUUUACAGGAUACCAGCAGGAACUUGAACAAAGUAGACCGGAUGCUGGGUCAGUACACAGAGCAUGCAGAUGAUCAGGCUGAAGCCAUGGCACUGCUUAAGGAGAACCUGGAGGAGUCUAUCAGUCAGCUGCAGGCACAGAGGCUGAGUCGAUCCCUCGGGGCUCGGAGUGCCUCAGCCUCCACUCUGCAUACUAGUGACCUGGAGGCUUGUUCGGGCUCAGAUAGCCAGCGUUUCUACCCCACCUCUCCGCUGAAGGACUAUACUGGUGCUCCAGGAAGGAGGAGGAGGUCUCACUCAGCCACUGUUCGCUUCAAGGAUGCCAGCCGGACAGGAGAUGAUAUUCAUGUUUUACACCAGAAUUUGAGGGACCUCCAGUGUAACCAGCAAAGGCUGUCAGUUGACCUGGACAAAGAAAUCCUCAGGAGGAACAGAUCUGAUAUUGACAUCAGGCGAGCGAUGGAGAACCUGACAGAGCACUUGACAACUUCCCAGACCCAGGACUCGGUGUCAUCUCAUGUGGAGCGGCGUCUACAAGAGCUGGAGAGGGAAAUGCACACCGAACGACAGAGCACAGAUAGACAAAGAAGGCCCGAUCAGCGAGUGGCCACGUCUGACGAGCUGCAGGAGGCGUUGGGCAGACACCACACACAGGAGAGAGAGGAGGAUGUCAAGGCCAGGCUGCUGAAGUCAGAAAGGGAGAAGAUCAAGAUGGAGCAGGAGCUGGAGAGAGUGAGGAGACAGCUGGAGCAGUCAGAGGGUAGCAGAGACUCCCUCCUCCAACAGGUGGAGGACAUGCGCACUGAACUGUUAAGGACGGGGAAGGAGAGGAUGGAGCUUCAGAGGGCCCGAAUGGAAAUCUCUCAGCUCACCGCUCAGUCGCAUGCCCAGCAUGCUGACAGGGAGGAGAGAGGGGGAGGACGCGGAGGGAGAGGGCCAGAUCAUUCAGACCUAGAAAAAGAAGUUGUGGAGCUGCGAGCCCAGUUACGGAAGGCCUCAGUCCUCAGUGAGGUGGAAGAACUGAAGAGGGCUCUGGACCGCAAGGAGAAGGAGAAGCUCCAGCUCAGCAUCCAGGUUGAGGAAUUGUCAUCAGACCUAGCACGGCGGGAGCAACAGCAGCUACGUAUGCUUGAGCAGUUAAAGGACAUCCAGCACCAAGGACAGGCGGAGAAGACAGAGACGGAGGCACUGCUCCAGGAGAGCACAAGGAGCAGAGAUGAGUUGAAGACCAGGGCCCAGGAGGCAGUACGCCAGUGGAGGGCGAAGUGCAGGAGGCUGCAGAAGGAGCUGGAUGAGGCAAGGGCGCAAUCUCAACUCCAUACCAACAAGGCUACACAGGCAACCAGGGAGAAGGAGAGCUCCCAGGCUCAGCUGAAGGCGCUGAGCCAGCAGACCGAGGCGGUCCGCAGGGAGCUCACUGAGAUCCUCGGCCGUUUGGCCCAGCGGGAGGAGGAGCUCCACCGCAAAGAUGUGGAGUUGUCCGAGACCUGCCAGCGCCAACUUUCCUUGGAGCAGGAAAUGCAGGAGGUCAGGGAGGCCUCGUCCAUCCUGAAAGAGCAGGCCAAGCGGCAGGCCGUCCUCCAGGCACAGCUCAGAGAGGAGAACCAAAGGUUGGAGGAGCGGACUGACACCCAGAGCCGUCGCUCUCAGAUGGACCAGGUGGCCCGGGCUGAGCUCCAGGCCAGCCUGAAGGAGCUGACCUCAGCCCAUGCCCAGCUAGCCCAGCAGCUGGCUGAGGAGGAGAGCUCCAAGAAAGAGCUCCAGAAGGGCAACUCGGAGCUGCAGGCUAAGCUGACUGUGGUGCAGGAGGAGAGGGCAUCACUGGGCCAGCAGCUGCAGUUGGAGAGGGAGGUGCACCAGAAAGAGCUGGCCAACAUGAAAGCCAUGAUGGAGAACAGCAGGACCAAGAAGGACCGAGAACUUCAGGACACACUAAGGCUCUGCCAAGAGGAACGGGAAGAAAUUCAGGCGCACAUCAAGGAGGUCAAGGCAGAUGCAGUGUCAAACAAGGAGUUGUGUGGGGCCCUGCAGAUCAAGUUGGAUAGGAUGAAAGAUGAGUGUGAUAAACUGGCAGAGCAGCUGAGCACCAAAGAGAAGACACAUGCCCUUCUUCAAAGGAAGUACCAGCUACUCAAAAAGGAACUGGAUGACAAAGUCAGGUCAGAUGACGAGCAGAAACACGGGUCAGAGGCGGAGCUCGUUAUGCUGCGGCAGAAGGUGCUUCGAAUGGAGGCAGAGCAAGAGGCAGUCCUCUCCUCUGUGGGGGAGGAGCUCGACACAGCCUGUUGCAGCCUGGCCAGAGACGGUGAAGACAAACUGCAGGCUAUCUCCCAGAAACCUGGAUUAGUGAAAGAUCCUCACCGCUGGCUAGCAGAGACGAAGACAAAGCUGCGCUGGCUGUGUGAGGAGGUGCGGGAUCGCGACACUCGUGAACAACGGCUGAGGAAGCAGCACCAGCAGAUGAGAGAUCAGCUGAAGGCCCUGAGACAGAGCCGGGACUCUGACCAAGCCGCCCUGCUGCAGCGCCUGGACAAACAGGAGGACAUGCUGAACUCCCUGAGCACAGAGAAGAAAGAACUGCUGGAGAGGAGUCGCAGGAGGGAAGAGGAAAUGAGGAACCUUCAGGAUCGCAUAUUAGAUCUGGAGAUGAGCACCAAAGUAGCGCUGGACCACCUGGAGUCAGUGCCAGGAAAACCGUGUCUGAUGGAGAACUUCAAAGAUUUGGAGGAGUCUCAGCGGCAAAGGGAGAUGGUACAGCAGCGUUACAGUAAAUACAAAGAAAUUGUCUGGGACCUGCAGCACCAGCUGGAUGAGUCCAAACGCAGAGUCCAAGAAUACCGGGAUGAGAAGUUGGAUGCCACCUCCAGGAGCCUGAGACUGGCUGCACUUUCCUCGUCCAUCAAAGGACCCAGCACUUUCCUUAGUGACACACUGUCCCCUCACAAACACCUGACCACUCCAGAGCUAGACAUCUCCUCUGUGAACGGGGCCAAGACACUCACAGACCAGUUGAGCCUCAAAUGAACCUUUAACUGUUUCUCUACACUCCAAAACACAUGGUGCUUACUGCGAAACAUGACUCUGUGUGCCUGAUGCUCAUCCAAAAACAAAACACAACUUGAAUUCACCAAGAGGCCUUGCACUCAAUAUAAUCCUCCUUGACUACCUCAACCACGCUGACUGAAGGUGCUCCAGUGCAAACAGACAAGCCUGUGGAGUGUCCAGAGCCAACUUUAAUAGAUACUGAAGGGUGAGUUUUGACACUGUAAAAAGAGGAUUACUAGUAUUUGAAAUGUUAUUUAUAUCUUGAAGGUAAUGUAUUCAAUUGAUUGGUAAAUCUUAAGAAUUAUUCAGGUGGAAACCAAAAUAGUUAACAAGCCAUUAUUACUGAUGUGACCAUUUUUGUAAUUCCACCAUUUUAACUGCUCAACACUUAGUCAAAAGUAGCAAUUUUAACUUUUGUUUACUUUGUAUUUUUUUCACUCUGGUAGUAUCAUGCCAAUGUUUUUAUGCUAAAUUGAUUUAAUUUGACUCUACCAAAACUAAGGCUUUGUAAGAUCUAUGGUGCCUUUUUGAAAAGGCAUCUAUACAACAUGCAGUUUGCUUACACACACACAAACAUAUUUUGUUAUUUUCAUCAUGGAACACUUGUGACAAAUCAGUUGUUUUUCACUGUUUUCACUUUUGAUGUAUUGAAUGGUUUUCUUUUUCAUGCAGUAUAUAUUUUAUACAAAGAUGUCUAUUUUGUAUGAAAUGUGUAGAAAAUAUAUGCACUAUUAAUAAAUAUCCAUGCAGCUAAAUUGGUUGUACUGCUGUA